GUUUGGCGACGACUCGAGGCCUGGGUCUGGAUUGGCUGCCAUGCCACAUACUCAAAUCCCCUCGAGAAGUAUACUCUCGUUCUGGAUAAUAUGCAGGGGGGGAUGUUUCAUGUGUGUUAUAGCAGACCCCGGGUCAACCUUGAUGAGGGUGUGUUGAUACAAGUUAGAGGCAUGGUUGAGUCCGGAAAGGAGCUCAAAUUCUGUCGCAGAACUGCUCUACAAACAGUAACUGGUUUGUACAACCACGAACUCGCUCGUCAGCCCAUGUCCCAGAAAGGCAGAUGAUUUGGCGCGUAAGACAUUCGACUGACCGAGAGGCCCGUGACGACUACAUGCAUCCUAGCGCCGACAAAGUAUGUCCCAGCCCGAAGCAGUGUUCAGAAUCCGCCUGGGACAAAUAAUCAUGUCUUAUGCUUAAUCGCCGGCAAGUAAAGUGCACGGCUUUCAGUACUAAACUCUCCACGCCCCCGAACACACUACAUCUCAGAAUGGACCCUACACCUAGAUCCUUUUUUCAACACAACCUUGUUGUGACAAUGCCAGUUUACCCUUUGUCUUCUUUACCCGUAUUCGUAUUUUCCUUUAUUGCCUUUUUCUUCUUUUCUUUUUUUGGCCACCCACCUUUCGUCUUCACGCUGGGUGAAGCGCCCCCCUUGAUUGCUAAUCUGCUAUGCCACAAGGACAGACCGUCAUCUCGGCUACUGAGUGACCAAAGUGGGGCACGUCUCAGGGGCUCCAUUGUUGAGAGGUCGCUAAGUUCCCAUCGCCAGGGAUUGGUCAAUAAUGUCGUCGGGCAAGGCCUAUACAUUUGUGCAAGGGAACUUGUUUGUUCCCUUGGUUUUUGGUGCUCAGUUCAUUGUUUGGAACUAGAGAACCCCUGUCACACUUGUGCGAGGGGUAUUUCACCAGGGAGGUAGCUUCCACACAAUCCUGUAUAGCAUCCUUGGGCGCAUUGACAACGCGCACACGGGAU